AUGCUCUGCGCCACUAGCCGCCUCCUAGCGGCCCGGGCGGCGAGCGCACUCCCCGCCCACCCCAGAGGCCGGGGCCUGGCGCCGCGUAGCCGGCGCAGGGAACUACAUUUCCCAGGGCACCCCGAGCUGCCCCCUGGUGACUUCUUGGCGGGGCGCUUCGCAAGACCCAGCGUGCCUGCGGGCCGGAGGGCCAUCCUGAGGAGGGGAAGGAUGCCGCCGGCCGCGGGCGGAGGCUUGGCGGGAUCCGAACUGCGCCCCCGGAAGGGCCGAUACGGGUCCCAGGCGGCUCGGGCCGCGGGCCGGGACGUGACCACGGAGGCAGCUACAGCGCGGAGCCCCAAACGGCCUGCUCCUCCGAGCUCGCGGCGCUUUGAGGCGGCCGGCCGGUGGGCCCUGCUGGCCCUGGUGACGCUAACGUCCUUCGUCACCCGGUUCCACCGUCUGGACCAGCCGCCACACAUCUGUUGGGAUGAGACUCACUUUGGAAAAAUGGGCAGUUACUAUAUCAACCGCACCUUCUUCUUUGAUGUGCACCCACCUCUGGGAAAGAUGCUGAUUGGUCUGGCUGGCUACCUGAGCGGGUACGAUGGCACCUUUUUGUUCCAGAAGCCUGGGGACAACUAUGAGCAUCACAGCUACAUGGGGAUGAGAGGAUUCUGUGCAUUCCUUGGCUCCAUGCUCAUCCCUUUGGCCUACCUCACUGUGCUGGAGCUGUCCCGGUCUCUCCCAGCAGCACUGCUCACGGCCGCCUUCCUCACCUUUGACACAGGAUGCCUCACUCUGUCCCAGUACAUCCUCCUUGACCCCAUCUUGAUGUUCUUCAUCAUGGCUGCCAUGCUGAGCAUGGUCAAGUACAACUCCUGUGCCAACAGGCCCUUCUCUGCCCCCUGGUGGUUCUGGCUCAGCCUGACCGGCAUUAAUCUGGCUGGCGCUCUGGGGGUCAAGUUUGUUGGCCUCUUCAUCAUCCUGCAAGUGGGGUGGAACACCCUUUCAGACCUUUGGCACCUGUUUGGAGACCUCAGUCUUUCAAUGGUGACCUUGGGAAAACAUCUGACCGCUCGCAUCCUGUGCCUCAUAGUGCUGCCACUGGCUCUCUACAUUGCCACCUACGCUGUCCACUUCAUGGUGCUGAAUAAAAGCGGUCCCGGUGAUGGCUUUUUCAGUUCUGCCUUCCAGGCCCGGCUUUCAGGAAACAACCUUCACAACGCAUCCAUUCCAGAACACCUGGCCUACGGCUCCGUGAUCACCGUGAAGAACCUGCGGAUGGCCGUCGGCUACCUCCACUCACACAGGCACUUCUACCCUGAGGGCGUCGGCGCCCGCCAGCAGCAGGUCACCACCUAUUUGCACAAGGACUACAACAACCUAUGGAUUAUCAAGAAGCAUAAUUCGAACUCAGAUCCUCUAGACCCUUCACUCCCAGUGGAGUUUGUGAGACAUGGAGACAUCAUUCGACUAGAACACAAAGAGACUUCUCGGAACUUGCAUAGUCACUAUCACGAGGCCCCCCUGACCCGGAAGCACUAUCAGGUCACUGGCUAUGGCAUAAAUGGGUCAGGGGACUCGAAUGACUUCUGGCGGAUUGAGGUUAUUAACAGAAAAUUUGGAAACCGAAUCAAAGUGCUGAGAAGUCGAAUUCGCCUCAUCCAUCUGGUCACAGGUUGUGUCCUGGGCUCUUCGGGAAAGGUCCUGCCCAAGUGGGGCUGGGAGCAGCUGGAAGUCACAUGCACACCGUACCUAAAGGAAACCCUCAGCUCCAUCUGGAAUGUGGAGGACCAUAUCAAUCCCAAAUUGCCAAACAUCAGCUUGGAAGUGCUGCAGCCCAGUUUCCCUGAGAUAAUGCUGGAGUCCCACAUGGUGAUGAUCCGGGGGAACAAUGGCCUCAAGCCCAAGGACAAUGAGUUCACUUCCAAACCCUGGCACUGGCCUAUCAACUUUCAGGGCCUGCGCUUCUCAGGAGUCAAUGACACCGACUUCCGAGUGUAUCUGCUGGGCAACCCGGUGGUCUGGUGGCUGAACCUGCUGAGCCUCGCCCUCUACAUCCUCUCAGCGAGCGUCUUUGCUGUGGCUGUGCAGAGGGGCGCGCGUCUGCCUGCUGAAGUCGAAGGUCUGUCCCAGGUCCUGCUGCGAGGAGGCGGGCAGCUCCUACUCGGCUGGAUGAUGCAUUACUUCCCCUUCUUCCUGAUGGGCCGGGUUCUCUACUUCCACCACUACUUCCCCGCCAUGCUCUUCUCCAGCAUGCUGACAGGCCUUCUUUGGGACACCCUCCUGCGGCUCUGUGCCUGGAGCCUGGCCUCCUAUCCGCUGGCCGGGUGUGUGCACACGCUGGGCAUCCUGAGCCUGCUCCUGGGAACUGCCUACAGCUUCUACCUCUUCCACCCUCUGGCUUACGGGAUGGUAGGUCCCCUGGCCCAGGACCCCCGAAGUCCGAUGGCCGGGCUCAGGUGGCUGGAAUCGUGGGACUUUUGA